UCUGAAUCAUUUUGUCCUCGUUUUCAUCGCGUUAGAGGAUACAUUGCAACACCUACUUACGGAUUUUGGUCUCCGUUUCUAUAACAAGCUUAUAGAAACGCGUAGCUAGCUAUAGCUAGCUAGUUAGCUAGCUAGUCCAAGUCUUAUCCAACUGAACUCCUGAAAGUUGGUUCCUUUUUUAUGUGUAAUCGCAGUCCCGCAUUUGCAUUUCAUAUAAAUGUCUUAGUUACCACAUAACAUGUGAUUAAAUGAGCGGUAUGAUUGCUUUGUUUUCUUUGGUGUUUUUGAUCAUUUGUUUCGCAAGUUAGCCUUCAUAUAACGAUAGCCAAACUGGUGGGUUUUAGCUGGCUACCUUAGACUGGUCUCAAUGGUAGAAUUUGAAUAAUUCAGAAAAGGGUCGGCUAGACGUCUUGGUUGGCUACCGACACCAUCAUCGGUUUGAAUGCAUGCAGUUUACUUGCUAACUAGAACUAGGGGAUAACAUUGCAGGUACUGAACACUGGAUAGCUACCUAACCCCGGUUUUAAUGGCGGUAUCGAAGUACAGGUGUUUAUUACAGCGCAAAAUUGACCGUUUGGGACCGUGUUGGAAAAUAAUUGUAAGCGCGUGAAUGUAUUCCUAAAUUGUUUCCGUUUGACCGCUUGUCCUCAGCUCUCUCCCUGGAUCAUAAUGUACCAUCGCCAUCCUCAGCGAUCAGUGAAUGUUACGACUCUUGCCGUUCCUCCUUGUACCUGGCCCGGGGUAAGCGUCCGGGAACGUCGCUACAAACGCAGCCCACCUCACUGUCGCGAGAGGCGAAGCAUCACAACCGCAGCGCUUAGAAUCUUGCGCGAGAGGACAGCGCUGCAGUUGGAGGUCAAAUAUACGAGUAAGAAGAGGACAAAGGCCCGUCGCAAGCCUCGGAGGUCCACUCACCUGCUGAUUCCCUUUAAGUGUGGGGCCCGGGUUUCGAGACAUUGGACUGUCAGCCACCAGCUUGCAUAUUCCAACCCCAGAGAGAACGGGGACUCCACUGGGCCUGUAUGCACACCAGAGUCAUACAGGUCUCUGCCUCAGAAAACUACUGUAAAAGCCACUGGACUGCCGACUGACAGCAAUACACUCUGUGACCCUCCAGCAGGGGGGGCAGCUGGUAAUCGGAAUAAGCUGAGAAAAAAAGGACCUUCCGCUCCCAGGCAGCACCCCGAACUGAGGAAGAGGUCGGGGCCUGGCGAGAACAAGUCGGCGGAGGUCUCUCUCCCGUUGAUGCGGUGUUCGCCCGACGUCCAGCAGCGGUGCCGAGUCGGGAAGCCCCACAGCGGGAGUCUCGGGAAAGAGAGGAAGGCCAAGAGGUUUUCCCGGAUCUCCACCCUCAGGGGCCGGAGGCUGCGAGCGGGCGUGCUGGGAUACCUGUGCGGCCUGAGCGCGGAGACCAAAGAGCUGAUCAGGGAGGUCCAUGGGGAGCACCUGCUGAGACUGAAGCACAGGAGCCAAAAGGGGGAGGAGAGGAGGGAUGGGGUAGGGCUGGCCCGGGGAACCAUGGUGCACGACGGCUCUGGACCCCGAACGCCCGCGGCGGUGGUGGCGGCGGCGGGGGGACAUGGGCGCGCCUCCGGCCGCAAGCGGACGCCCAAGGCCUGCGACUGCUGCGGACCCAACUGCAGGCCCCCCCCGCCCAAGGCCCCGGCCCCGGCCCACGGGACGCCGGGGAGGAGGGGCCGCAGGAAGAAGGUCCCGGAGGCGGAGCCACCGACGACUCGGGACGCGCCCCCGCCGGGCGACGACUCCGCCCCCCUCAACGGCGCCAGCGACCCGCCGCACGGCGUGGACAUGGAAGUGUCGCCGCCGGCGACGGAGGGGGCGGCGUCGGGGGAAGUGCCCGUUUCGGAAGCGCCCGUUUUGGAAGCGCUCGAAUUAGAGGUGCCCGAAUUGGAGGUGCCCGUGCUGGAGUCCCCCGAAUUGGACGUGCCCGCGGUGGAGUCGCCCGAAUCGGAGGUUUCGGAGUCCUGCCGCAGCCAGCGCGCCAACCCACUCCUGGACCAUCGCUAUUGCAAGACCGAGGAUGGGGACUCUGCCACAGAGGAGGAGGCGGCUAAAAACCAACUACUGACCACAGAAGUCAACAACGAGGACCUAACAGAACUUAUCCAUGAAUUCCUGGAGCACUUCUAUGGGAAAUAUGGGAGUUUCAUCCCACUUAGUGAGACCGAUGUUCUUGAGCACCUUAACAAGAAGUUGAACUCUGACCUCACCGACAGGAAGACCUUCAUCUUCUCAGAAGUGACGAAGUACCGGGCCGGAUUAGCCUGUGCUCCUAUGCACUAUUUCAAAGUGGCCUACAACAAGCACACGCUGACCCUGGAGGACCUCUCCACCCUGGACGACCAAAACUGGGUCAAUGACCAGGUGAUAAAUAUGUAUGGUGAAUUAAUUGUGGAGGCUGCUAACCAGAAGGUUCAUUUCUUCAACAGCUUCUUCCACAGGCAGCUCGUAGCCAAAGGAUAUGAAGGAGUAAAGAGGUGGACCAAAAAGGUUGACCUUUUCACCAAAAGCCUGCUGCUCAUUCCCAUUCACCUGGAGAUCCACUGGUCUCUGAUCACCGUGGACGUCACCAACCAGAACAUCCACUUCUACGACUCCCAGGGCAUCAUGUUCAAGUACGCUGUGGAGAACAUCUUAAAAUACAUUCUGGCUGAAGCGAAAGAUAAGAAACACACAGCGUACCAGAAAGGCUGGAAGAUGAUUGUAAACAAGAGUAUUCCACAACAGAAGAACGACAGUGACUGUGGGGUGUUUGUUUUAGAGUACUGUAAGUGCCUGGCACUGAAGCAGCCGCUGCAGUUCACACAGGAGGACAUGCCCAAAGUACGGAAGAGGAUUUACAAGGAGCUCUGCGAGUGCAAACUCAAAGGCUGAGGCGGGCCUCCGUUAAGCCCCAGCCCCGCCCCCCGAACCCCC